AUGCCGAGGGUAGAGGACGAUGCCCGGCGGCGCCCGCUCGUCCGGCUGAUCCUGCUGACGAUCUGCGCGCUCUCGCUCGCCGACGCCGCGGAUAAGGACGCGUGGACGAGCGCCUCGGCGCCGUGCGAAGACGCGAAGAACAUGUCGAUCUCCUGCCACGGCGUGAGAAUCGUCCGGAAGAUCGUGCAGCAGAUGCUGGAGAGCACGGGCAAGGAACGGGACAUCGAGCUGUUCGACGGGGUGACCCUCGUCGAAGUGCCCAGCGGAUCAACGCGCAAGGCCAGGGUGCUCAAGAGCUUCGGCACCCUCGGACCGUUCCUGCAGUUCAUGGAGGGUAGAGAGCUGCGAGUCAAGCUGCCGUCCCUACUGCCGGCGAACAUCGAGACCGCGCUGCAGGAGAGUCUGCCUUCCGAGUCCGAAGCGAGGGGAGACAAUUUCGGCGGCUUGGGCGGUGGCGGCGGCGGUUUCGGAGGCGGCAAAGGAGGUGGCGGCGGCAAGAAAGGAGGCGGCAGCGGUAUCUUGAUAAUGGCUCUCAUGAUGGGUAAAAUGAUGGCGGCGAUGGGCUUCGGCGCGCUGGGUCUGCUGGCCAUGAAGGCGCUGAUGGUGUCGGCCAUGGCGUUGAUGCUCUCGCUGAUCGUGGCCGUGAAGAAGCUGGCGGGCGGCGGCGAGGACCACGGCGGCGGCCACCACGUCGUGUACGCGCAGGAGGUCGGUCAUCAUCAUCGCAAGAAGAGGUCGCUCGGGGACGACGACGAGGACCGCACACAGUUACCCUACCGAGGAUACGCGAACCUCUACGCCAACCUGCGGGCGUCCUGA